AUGAGGAGCACGAGACUGGGACUGGCCUGGUUGGGUCUGGGACUGGCCUGGUUGGGACUGGGACUGGCCUGGUUGGGUCUGGGACUGGCCUGGUUGGGUCUGGGACUGGCCUGGUUGGGUCUGGGACUGGCCUGGUUAGGACUGGGACUGGCCUGGUUGGGACUGGGACUGGCCUGGUUGGGUCUGGGACUGGCCUGGUUGGGACUGGGACUGGCCUGGUUGGGACUGGGACUGGCCUGGUUGGGUCUGGGACUGGCCUGGUUGGGUCUGGGACUGGCCUGGUUGGGACUGGCCUGGUUGGGUCUGGGACUGGCCUGGUUGGGACUGGGACUGGCCUGGUUGGGUCUGGGACUGACGUGA